AUGCCUUCUACUUCCUCUGCACCCCCUGCUGCGGCCGUAGCCUCUGCCGCUCCCUCCAGCCUGGGCAACAACAAGGGCAUCAAGUUCCAGAUCAAGACAGGCGGUGCUCGUUGGGAAUGCACUCUUCAGGAUCGCUCCCAGUACGAGCGCAUCAAGGCUCUACGCACCGAUUCUACCGAUUCCGUCGACUCUAGCAACUCUUCUACAACAGAGUCAAAGUAA